AUGCCCGCGGGCGUGUCCUGGGCCACGUAUCUGAAAAUGUUCGCUGCCAGCCUCCUGACCAUGUGCGCUGGGGCGGAAGCAGUGCACAGGUACUACCGGCCGGACCUGACAAUACCUGAAAUUCCACCAAAGCCUGGAGAACUCAAAACGGAGCUUUUGGGACUGAAAGAGAGACAACAUGAACCUCAAAUUUCUCAACAAUAGAAACCUCAAAAUACUUAACUCUGCCAAGAACUCCGUGAAUAAUAUUAUAAGUAUUAAGUAUAUAUUUUUAAAGUUUAUUGAGUCAAACUGGUUGUCUUUAAGCAUCUAAUGCAAUGCUAACUGCAAGAGGUGCCCAGGUGUUAACUGACGCAUUGAGAUUUAACUAUGGAUUGACCAGUGUUUCUUGAAAACUGCCAACGUUUAUAUCAUCAGCUUUUUGAAUGUAUUUGAAUAGAUACUUAGUCUUGGAUAUCAUGUGAGAAAGAAUAGUGUUUCCUGCCCUUAUAAUUCUGGUUUAUUUCUCUGAAUAAGCUUGACUAUCAUGACAAAUGGGAAUUAUAAAUUAACUGUGAUAAAAGUGUCAUUGACAAUGAAAGCUUAUGGUGUGUAGUUAAUAAUUCUCUAAAAUUGCAAAGUGCUAUUUGUACUAAACUGUGAAUUAAGUUGAAAUAUUUAAAGUUUGAAGUUCUUUUGGAAUUGUGUACUUAACAAAAUUAUAGCAGAUGUCACCUGGACUGUCACAAGUUCUUUAUCCCCAAAUUUGAGAAACCAUAUUACCAUGUAGUUAU